UGCCCAGCUGAGAUCCAAGUGGAAUUUCACAUAGAAGAGAUGCUGAAGGAGACAGACGUUCUGCCCAUGCUUACCUGAAAUAAGAACAGUGAGUAGAUUUUCAAGAGUUGCUCUUGAAAUGAUGCCCUGUCAUACGAGAGCAGUAAAGGAUCAAGAAACACACCUGAUCCAGACACUCUGGAGCAUUUGCGCAAACAUUAAGGUUUUGGUGGUCCUCCCCCUCCUUUCAGUCCCCUUCCCUUCCCCUUCAGGCUCUGCAAGCCAGCAGCCCGCUGUGGCAGCAGAGGGCACUCUAGCACUGCUUUUGCCAGAUCAACCCUUGUCCAGGGUUUCAGUUCAGGGUGGGAUUCUGAAAAAAAAAGUGUUCAAAACCAGCUGAAUAACCUGCUUCACCCAGAUGCUGCUGCUAGAUUUCUCAGCAGUUCACGCAUUUUCCCUUUCUGUGCUCUUUGAAAUGACCUUCAUUGAUUAGGGCCCAGACUACAGGUACAAAUGUGAGCAAUCAUAAAUUGCUUCUGUUGGUCUGCUGAAGUUUAGGUUGUCUUGUAGCUCUUUGCACAUAACCACCCUUCCAUGUAUCUUAACUGUUUGCGAGUGCUGGCUUCACUCCUGCUGCCUGUGGGACAAUUUGCUCAUGGUCUGCCUUACUGUAUACUGGUCAGGGAAAGGAAAAAGGGGAAAGUCUUUAAAAAGGCUGUAGUAAGCUGUGCUGCACACAAAUGCCUUGUCGGACAGCCAGAAAGACAAUCUAUCUGCAAACGGUUAUCUUAGGAAGGGCUCCCAUUUACUUUUAAUUUUAGAAGUACAAGAAUCAUGCGAUAUAUGAAUUUACUGAAAAAAUUUGUAAUAUUUACUGGGUGAAAAGGAAGUCAGAGUCGUUGGCGGUAAGAGUCAUCUUCCGAUUUCUUGGCGGAAGUCUGGAGCCAACUGCUUGACAGGGGAACUAGGCAGAGUUGCUGAUCUAGGCAGAUUAGGCUAAUCUUUAUGCUGAUAUUAUAGAUCAUCCACUUGGAAAUGGCUUUUGUAUUUGCAUCUAGGGUUGUUAGACCCUCUCUUUGGCCCUGCCUCGCUAUAUCUAGUUGCUUGAGUCUGUGCUGCUCUAAUAGUGAGGAAAGCCGCUGAGCCCUCCUCGCUUCUUGGAACAGCAAGACUCCGUGGUUUAGUCUAGAUAUCAGAGUCCCGCAGUGAACAUCUCGCUCAUGAAUUGGUUACUAUCUUCCAGUGAAACCAGUAAGGAGCGAAUGAAGUAAAUGCACCAUAGGUAACACUCAUUUCUACUGGUAGUAGAAAUAUUUACUAACAACUUGACCAUUAACCCUGGACUGAAGGCUAGGUUUUUGAUAACUGCUGUAUUGUAAAAUUUCAGAUAGUUACGAACCGGAACUUGCUAUACAUCAAGCAACAGUUCCAUAUGUUUCUGGCAACAGAAGGGUAUUGCACAACACACUCUUUAAGCAAGCAAGGUAUUAAGUAAUUGUACAAAGAGGAAAUGCAGAGAAGGAACCUACAGAUAAUAUGGAGUCUGUUUUUGACAAGCCCUACGACACUUCAUGGCUCCCUGAGUCUUUUUCAUUUAAGAGAACGCUGAUGUGGUCUGGAUAUUAGAUUCACUGUUCCAUAGUUGAAGCAUUGAAACUUUCAGUCUGAACAAUGGAAUUUAUAGAAAGCAACAGAGUACAUCUCAUUCAAAGAAUGGGAAUGAUCACUGUCAAGCAAAUAGCAGAUGACCUUUUAGCCUGCAAUGCCAUGUCUUUUGAAGAAGUAAAUACCAUUACCUGUGAAAAGGUUGAACAAGAAGCCUCAAGAAUGAUGAUUUACAUGAUUUUGAAUAAAGGUUCAGAAGCCUGCAAUAUUUUGGUUAGGUCGCUUGAGAAACACAACCCUUUUCUCUUUCAUGACCUGCAAGGAUAUUGUACUACCAGGCAAGUGGAACAAGCUAAAUUAAAUGGCUUGAUUCAGGAUUUAAAGUAUGUGUAUCUAUCUUCAGCUUUUCAAAAAUAUCAUCCUCUGGGUUGUGAUAUUGACAUAAUUUUUGAUUUGGGAACUUCCUAUACUGAUGUCUUGCUGUGGAAAAAAGAUAUACAUAAUAGCAGGAAAGGGCAGCUGACGCUAAAUGUCCUUCUGGAAGAAUUGAAAAAUCCCUGCAUUAUAGAAGGAGAAGCUGGCAAAGGAAAAACGACUCUUCUAAAAAGAAUUGCCGUACUCUGGGCUUCUGAUAAUUGCUCCGCUUUGAAAAAAUUCCAGUUUGUUUUCUUUAUCAGCCUGACUAGCACAAGAGGUGGAAUAUACAAGACUGUCUGUGAUCAGCUUCUUUUUGAACACUACCACAUCUGCGAACAAGAGUUCAUGAGAAUGCUACUAGCACAAAGAGAAAGGGUCCUUUUCCUGUUAGAUGGAUAUGAUGAAUUCAAACCACAAAACUGUCCAGAGAUAGAAGCAAUGAUAAAAGAAAACCACAAAUUCAAAAACAUGGUCAUUAUUUCUACCAGGACUGAGUCCAUCCAUAAAAUCAGACAGUUUGGGUCACUGAUUGCUGAAAUAGGAGAUCUAUCAGAGGAGAGUUGCAAGAAGCUCAUUAAAAAUGUCUUGACAAAUAAUCUGGCUGAUGGUCUGUUAAACCAGCUUGAAGAGGCCACUUCCAUGAAGAACCUUAUGAAGACUCCACUCUUUGUCAUCAUUGCUUGUGCCAUUCAAAUGGGUGAAAGUAAUUUUCAUCCAAGCACCCAAACUCUACUUUUCUCUACUUUGUAUGAGUUGAUGGUGGCGAAAAACAGGUACAAAACAAAAGAAAUAACAGAAAAACAUAUUAUGCUGAGCAUAAAUCAUUGUGGAGACUUAGCUUUAGAUGGGAUAUUUGAUCAGAGAUUUGAUUUUCAGUCUGAGGAUUUAGCUGAUGUGAAAGAAGAAGUCCUGCUAGCUUCAGGUCUUCUGAAUAAAUACACAGCCCAAAGACUAAAGCCAACAUACAGGUUCUUUCAUAAAUCAUUUCAGGAAUACACUGCAGGCCAAAAACUUUGCAAACUACUGACAUCCUGCCAAGAAGCAGACGUGAAGAAAGGGUAUAGUUACCUACAGAAAAUUAAUACUAUUUCAGAUAUUAGCAAUACUUAUUUCAAUUUGCUCCUCUACACUUGUGGAUCUUCUCCAGAUGCCACUAGAAUAAUUUUGGACUUACUGAAAAGAAUUGAUCAGCACAGAGAUUUUUCUCAACUGCUUUCAUUAAAGAAUCUGGCUUUGGAAAGCAAAGACACAAAACCCCCAGAAAAUAUACCUGAAAAGGAAGAUUUAAGUAAAACUGACAAGGAUAUUUUGGCGGACUGUGUCAUUAAUUUCUUUUAUGAAAGUUCUUCCAAAUCAGCAUUGAGCAGAGAUUUUGAAGAGUUUUUUUGUAAUAAAAGUAUUUACAUUAAUACUCAAAAUAUCCCAAUUUAUUUUUCUGAUUUUUUUAGAUACUUACCAAAUUGUGUUAGUGUACUAGGACUCAUUAAGUUAGAUUUUUUUGGAAAUUACUCACCCAAUAAGGAAACAGACAAUGAGAAUGUGGAAAAUCUUCAAAUUAGUUCACUUAAAACUUACAUUCCUGAAAAGGCUGUCUCCCUAUUCUUCAACUGGAACCAAAGUCUCAGAUCUUUAGAAAUUACACUGCAGGAUUUCAACAAGUUAAAGAAGCACGAUAUUAAAUAUCUGGGCAAAAUAUGUUGCUCUGCUGCAAGCCUCAAGCUGCGCAUCAGCAAUAGUGCUGGUAUCACAGGAACAUUGAGUGAAGUCCUUGAAACCUGUAAAAACUUAGAGGAUCUUACUGUGGAGUCCACGCCUCUUACUGUGGAAGAUGAGAAACAGAUCACAACAAUGACAAAGCUGAAAACCUUACAUAUAAGACAUCUGCAAAGUGAAAAUCUAGAAGGUGGACUUAUUGAUGGAAUAAAGAAACUUGUGAAUGCUGAAGGGCUCGUACUUGACAACAUAAGUAUGGAUGAAGGUGAUGCAAAAAAAUUAGCUGAAGGUAUCAGGAAUUUGAGAAAGCUACGCUUAUUAUACAUGAAUCAUUUGACAGCUAUUGGGGAUGGCAUAACCUGCAUUGUAAGAUCGCUCUCUGAUGAACUAAGUGAACUGGAAGAAAUCCAACUCGUCAACUGCUGUAUCUCCAGUGAUGCUGUGGAAAUUCUAGCUCAGAAUCUUUGUAAUUUGCCAAAACUGAAUGUACUUGAUUUGUCAGAAAAUUACUUAGAAGAGAAAGGAAAAGAUGCUAUCCACAGACUUGUCGAUGGCUUAAAUGUCCUACCUGGGAUGAAAGUUCUGAUGCUACCCUGGGGAGAUGAUGUAAAGGUUUGCCUAACAAAAUUGUUAGAACUACUGGAAACAAUGCCACAGCUGACAAAACUUGGAUUGAGGAAAUGGAGCCUCACUGAUGCGGAGGUCAGAAUUCUAGGGAAUUUUUUUGAGAAAGAACACCUGGAGAAUCUUCAGCACUUGGAUUUGUCAAUGAAUUGUGUGACAAGCGAUGGCUGGCUUUCCUUCAUGCAGCCACUGAUCUCUCUCAAGAAGCUGGUAUCUGUAGAUUUCAGCAGCAAACGAGACUGGGUGCCUGCAUCACUGUUAGUAUGCAAAUUAAGUCAGGUACUAACCACACUGAAUUAUUUAAAGGAGAUUAAAGUGACCGGGUGGAAGUUUGAUUGCCAUGAUCUUGGACUUAUUAAUGGUGCAAAAGUAAACUGCAGAAAGCAGUUUCAGCUAGUGCAUUCUUAAACAGAACGAGCUUUGCCAGUGGACGUUCACUUACAGUCUUUCGUAUUUGAGAAAUGCUCUUCUCUAUAACCACACAUUGAAUCAGCAGCCCUAGGGUUAUCUGGAUCUCCCGGUCAGCUAGUGAGAUGGGACUGGGAAUAGUAUCACAGUCUCUUCUGGGAGAAACAGGUCAAAAGAAAGUAAAAGAGAAAUCACCUUGCAUUAGCCCCAAAUCCUGCAACCUGUAAUGCCUCUCAAUCUUUAAAUGGUUUCAGGGAGUGUUCACUUUAUCUGUGUGUGCUUUCUAUGAGCUCGUUUUUAUUAGCUUUGAAGUUUAACUGUGUAGAUUAGGGAAAGCUCUUAACAAAAAGGUAACAAAGGCUGCAACUUGAUGGAUAACAAGUAGGUGUUUUACCAGGGGUCUUUUUUCAGUUAGAUAAUAUAGUUGUCUGACCUAGCAUAGAGGGGCUUUUCCUACUGGCAGGGCAAUUCUAGUAUAGCUACAUCUCUACAAUACACUACAGGAAAAUUUACUGCUGAGACAGAAUGUGCCAAUGAAAAAUUAGACCCCUAAAACAACAGUAUGAUUGGAGCAUAUUAGCUCUACAAAAGAGAGCACGGUCACACAAGUGACCAUGAAUUAUACACAGGUGUAAACAAGAGCUGUUCUGCAGUUAUUAGCCACAAACAAAUUCUUACUCCUCAGCAAAACACCAGAUAGCUUAUCUCAAGCACCUUUUACCAUCUUUAAUCUACCACCGUUUUGGCUUGUAAAAGUAAGUCAGCAUUUAUUGCUUUCUUUCACAGUAAGCUACCUCACAUUUAACAUGAGGUAAGAGUUUACAUGUGGACGUUGUAAUAAAGUUGCAGGGGUGCUCUUAAGUUCAUACUGUGGUCCACUUCGCAGGAAGUUGGUUGUUUUCUGGUACCCUUCGUUCCUGGUGAAGACAAGCCAGAAUGCAGUCUCCAGGCUCUCAUAGUCCACAAAUAUCCCAGGAGACAACCAACCUUGUACACAAGGCAGCUCCAAACACAGCAAAAGAAAGCAGAGGAGACACUUGGCCACUUCUGUAAAAAGCGGUGGCCAACCAAAGACAGCAGACUCCCGUUUCCAGUCUGCUAUUGGAAUGAAGGGACAGGAGCACCAGUUA